AUGGAGUCGGCGGCGAUUGGGUCGCAGUCCCCGCUCUCCUUCCCCUCCAGCCUCUGCAAAGCAAAAGUAUCCUCUUGUUUACCAUUAUGCAAUGUGAAGAUCAAGAGCAAUCACAGGCUUGAGGUGGUUUGUCGUGGGAUGUUAGCUACAAGAAAGUUUAUGCAAAGGAAAAAGAAAGAAGAAGUUUUCAAGGAUGCUGCUGAUGAGACCGAGCAGAUGAAUUGGAGGAGAAUGAUGAGAGAGAUAGAGGAGGCGGGAUCAGCUGUACCCAUUCUGAAGACUCAGCGAAGCGGGAAAGGGCCACUUCCAAGAGAUGUUAUUCUUGGGACUCUCGUGCGGUUCAAACAAUUGAAAAAAUGGAGCAUUGUCAGUGAGAUUCUCGAAUGGCUCAGAACACAGCAUUGGUGGGACUUCAGUGAGAUGGACUUCUUGAUGCUUGUGACAGCUUAUGGAAAGUUGGGGGAUUUUAGCAGGGCAGAAAGGGUCCUAAAGUACAUGAACAAGAAAGGCUACCAGCCUAGCGUCAUAUCACAAACUGGUCUGAUGGAGGCAUAUGGAAGAGGGAAGCAGUACCGUAAGGCUGAAGCAGUAUUCCGUAGGAUGCAAACAUCAGGCCCUGAACCAUCACCUGUGACAUAUCAAAUCAUUUUGAAAUCUUUAGUUGAGGGUGACAAAUAUAAGGAAGCUGAAGCUAUAUUUGAGGACCUUCUUAAUGAAAAAAGAACUUUUAAGCCAGACCAGAAGAUGUUUCAUAUGAUGAUUUAUAUGUACAAGAAAGCUGGUGACUAUGCCCAGGCUCGUAAGCUAUUUACACAGAUGUCAGAGAGAGGAAUUCCACUAUCUACAGUCACUUUUAAUAGUUUGAUGUCCUUUGAGACAGACUACAAGGAAGUUUCAAGUAUUUAUGAUCAGCUUAUGGGAAAGCCAGAAGGGGAAGAAGAAGCAUUGGCGGUUUUUGAAGAGAUGCUUGAUGCUGGAGUCAGGCCGACACGCAAAUCAUAUAACAUUUUGCUUGAUGCAUUUGCAAUCUCUGGAUUGGUAGAGGAGGCUAAUACAGUUUUCAAGGCAAUGAGAAGACACAGGGUUGAGCCUGAUCUUUGCUCUUAUACAACUAUGGUCUUAGCUUAUGUAAAUGCAUCUGACAUGAAUGGAGCUGAGAAAAUCUUUCGUAGGAUUAAAGACGAUGGUCUGAAGCCCAAUGUUGUGGUUUAUGGUACUCUGAUGAAAGGCUAUUCAAAGUUAAAUAAUGUUGAGAAAAUUAUGCGGGUGUAUGAGAGAAUGCGGAUCCAGGGUGUUGAACCCAACCAGACUAUAUAUACUACUAUCAUGGAUGCACAAGGCAGGAACUCAGAUUUUGGAAAUGCUGCCAUUUGGUUCAAAGAAAUGGAAGCUCGUGGAUACCCACCAGACCAGAAAGCAAAAAAUAUCCUACUUUCGCUUGCCAACACACCAGAAGAAAAACAAGAAGCGAAUGAAUUGGUAGGGAAUGGUGCAAUUCAGCUGGAAGUGAAACCUGAUAAUGAAGAGGUGGAUGGUGAUGAUGGGCAUGAAGUUAUACAUACCGAUGCUGGAAAUCACCGUUUGCUAGAUUUAUUACACAAACAAGAAACCAUGUAA